AUGGCCAAAAAUGAGAGCAGAGAUCAUGAAGAAAAAAUUUCACUAUUUUUAAGCAAUGAUGAAAUAUAUGUGUGGGAUAAAACAGACUUGAUGAUCUUGCGUAAAAAUUAUCGCAUUGUGGGGUCCUUAGUUGGCUCUCUACCAAGUAAACCAAGGCAGAAUUUAGUAUUUUCCCUUCCACUCCAUUUAAUGGCUGAAGAAGUCCAACUUUUACUUGAAAAAAACGUAGCAAAGGUUGUAAAAAGCGUUUACAGUAUACCAUCUGCAGAAAUGGUCUCGAUAUUUAACGAGGAACGAAAAUUCAGUGUAAACGAUCAAACAACGAGACUGCAACGAUUGAAGGAAGAAAAACAUGUUGACUUGGUAGAAAUCAUUGAAGAAAAGCGAAGGACGACGAAAAGAAAACAAAGAAGCUUUGAUACAAGUGAAUCAACACAACAACAGAAGAAAUACUGUCUUGUUACUAAUUCUGAUAAGUUUACUUUUGAUCAUUCGAUACCAUUUGAUAAUUCUAUUGAACAAUUUCAUCUUAACAAUGAUAAAACUCAUGAAGAGACAAGAGAGUUGAAAGUUAAUCAUCAUCAUGGACUUUCUAAAAAGAAUGGAAACAGUUCAUCUGUGCCACACACCAAUAAUAUGAUUAACGAAGACUCAACAUUGAUUUGUGUUACUUCAAAAACCAAGUUCCUUCAAACAGAAGUUGUUGAUUGGAAAUUUCCUUACAAUGAAGUUCAGAGAAUUCGUUAUAAGGUGUUCUGUGAUUUAUGGGAAAAAGGAUAUUUUAUAACCAAUGGUAACAAAUUUGGGGGUGAUUUUUUGGUGUACCCUGGAGAUCCACUACGCUACCAUUCACAUUUUGUUAUAAAAAUUUUGCGUGAAGAUGAAAAGCUAAAUGGACAAAACUUGAUAGCAGUGGGUCGUUUGGGUUCAACUGUCAAAAAAACUAGCGUGUUGGCUUCAAUUGAUUCUGUUGGUGAUGUUAAUUACGUUUCAUUGCAAUGGUCGGGUUUUUCUUAAAUAAAAAUUUUUUGUCACGUUAAAGUCAAGCAGUAAUUUUGUUUGAAUGAAUAAACUAAAAUGGUCUUCA